AUGAGGCCUCACUUAGAUGACGAUGCAACAUCAAAUUAUAAAAAGAAACAACAAGAAGCAGAAAAUCUUCGAAGGGUUGCAUUUUAUGGUGUAGCACUGUCAACCAUUGCUUCAUUUAUAUGCGCACUUUCCGUACCAAUGUUUUAUAACUAUUUGCAACACAUACAAUCUGUUAUGCAAAAUGAAGUGGAUUUUUGCAAAUCACGUUCCAGUAAUAUUUGGCGUGAAGUAACACGAACACAG